AUGAAAGCCAUUAAAAUCGUAAAACUCGAGUCCAAACCAUCCGCAAUGUCGACAAAAUUUGCAGUCAGAGCACUGGACUCGCUAUUAGAAAAGGCUGCUCCUCGUCCCACAAAAACCAAAGUGACAAAACAUGCUGGUGCUACAAAAACAAAUACACCCUCAUUGCAAGGUUCUAAAGUGACCCCAAAGUUUAUAAAAGGAAGCUUUAAAUCUGUCAUCAAAGCACAGUCUAGCGUCCGUCGAUCUGAACGAGCUAUUUCAAAUAGCAACAAAGCACUUCGAGAUGCAUCGUUGAGAGUCCAUACUGACGAACAUAAAAUUGAAUCGGAAAUCAAGGCAGAAAGAUUGCAACGUAAUGUCGAGGCACUCCAACCCAUUCAGUCGAGUGAUAAGACAAAGGCUAUCAAAAAAAAGGUUUUAUCCAAAAAGUAA